GGUAAGGUCAAGCUACGCAAGCUCACCAAGCUCAAGGCGAAGCUUUCGCUAGCGCGGAAUAGCCCUAGGUAGGCCUGCAGCUUCGUUGGGUUGAAAGCCGCGAACCCUACCAUCUCCCAGGCAGCUCCAAUAACACCGUCGGCGCCUUUCAGAUUGCUCACAAUUUCUCGGCCUGAACAGGGUUUGGUUGUUUAAAACACCUCACGGCCGCAAUGUGUCGUCCUCUGGAAAGCCCCGGGAGCAUGCCCAUGACGUCCUGGAUCGACUGAAGAUGAUAGUGGACUUAGCCGUUUAAGGAAGGUAAAAACACCUGGUUAUCGCAACACGGCAGCAGUACGGGCUCUCUUUCAAGAUGCGUAUAAAUCAAGCGUCUGGUCCGGUACAAAAUCACGCAAAGGUUUCCAGCACUUGGCUUGGACUGCAACUUGGACUCAAGGUCAUUUCGUUAUUCGCGCGAAGAGGCAGACUGCAGUAACUUUCACCAUGCUGAAGCUUUACGCUACGGUGCCUUUGUUGGCGGUCGGCUUCGUUUCAGCACAAUUCGUGCCGGAACCUUCAGAUCUCACAACCAAGGAAGGCUAUGCGGGGAUCAACGUGCGCUACAAGGAAGUUCCUGACGGUAUUUGUGAACUCGAUCCCAACGUGAAGAGCUACUCUGGCUAUGCAGAUGUUGGCAAAGACCAGCAUGUGUUUUGGUGGUUCUUCGAGGCGCGCAACCAAGACCCGAGCGAAGCGCCCUUGACUGUCUGGAUCAAUGGCGGUCCCGGCAGCUCAUCUAUGAUCGGGCUCUUCCAGGAACUGGGACCUUGCGGCGUCGGGCCAGAUCUCAAGCCGUUCAACAACCCUUACUCGUGGUCAAAUGCCAGCAACAUGCUUUUCAUUGACGAACCUACGAACGUUGGGUUUUCGUACUCAAUUCCGAUACCAGGAUACAAAGAUGAUAGCGGGUACAUUGUGCAGCUUCCGAACGCAACUUGUCCAGACUACGCAGAGGCCUAUGGAACGUGCGGCACAUACUCAAAGGCCGAUCUGACCUUGACAGCAAACACUACUGAGGGGGCUGCACCAAACAUGUGGAAGACUCUGCAGGGAUUCAUGGGCGCCUUCCCUGAGUACUCACGCAAAGGCUUUAACUUUGCUACGGAAAGCUACGGAGGGCACUAUGCGCCUGUUUUCAAUGCAUACUUCCUCGAUCAGAACAAGAAGAACAUUACCGGAGCCCACAAGAUCGACCUCGAGAAUGUCUUGAUUGGCAAUGGUUGGUUUGAUCCACUCAUACAAUAUCAAGCCUACUAUAACUUUUCUGUUUCUCCGGGUAACACAUACGACUACGACCCGUACAAUGCGUCCAUCAAGGCUGAGUGGUACAACAACCUGUACGGUGCAGGCAACUGCUACGAUCAGACCAAACAAUGCUACGAGACGGGAGAGAACGCAGUUUGUGCUCGCGCAGACAACUUCUGUUUUGACAAGGUCGAGAACAUGUAUGACAUCUACAGCGGGCGAGACGAGUAUGACAUGCGAUACCUACAGCCUGAUCCGUUUCCAUACUCUUACUACGUUACCUACCUCAACACGCCAGAAGUGCAGAAAGCGAUCGGCGCGUAUCAGAACUUUUCUGAGAGCUCAGGCACGGUGUCUGCGGCAUUUGGCAACACUGGCGACGACGAUCGCGAGUCUGGGACGAUUGAAGCGUGCCAGAAGCUGCUCGCUGCGGGUGUUCAGGUGAUGCUGUACUAUGGAGAUGCGGACUACAACUGCAACUGGUUUGGUGGACAGGUUGUUGCAGACGAAAUUGCAGCACCCGGCUACGACACGGCAGGAUUCGUCAACAUAUCGACGUCAGACAAGAUCGUGCACGGCCAAGUCAAACAGUCGGGUCUGUUCUCCUUUGUCCGCAUCUACGAGUCAGGUCAUGAAGUGCCGUUCUACCAGCCCCUGGCGUCGCUGGAGAUAUUCGAGCGCGCGCUGAAGCAGGUGGACAUUGCUACGGGCGAAUGUGCAGUGGACGCUAGCUACAAGACGGUGGGGCCGGCGACGAGCACGUACCGCGAGGGCAAUGCCACGGUGCAGUUUGAGGUGACGCCGCAGAACGCGACCUACAACACUGCGCUGAAUGCUCCAGACGCGGCGCCAACGUGGACGGCACAGGCUGGGGCGAGCGCCAAGGUGAAACGGUCGAAGGGGAAAUUGGGACGGCCAAGCAUGUCGCUGGUGAGAAGGCGGUCUGAGUGAAGCGCGAGCAGCACCAUAGCGAUCCUGUAGAUAAGUGACAAUGGAGAUGCUAUGACAGUGCGUGCAAGACAAGUCUCA